AUGCCGCAGCUCCUCAAGCUUGCAUCUGCGCAAGCUCGCACCCUUGAAACCACAGAAGAAACGCUCCGCGCCCUCGAAGCCACCACAAAGCGUGCUGCGGCUGAGGAUGUCGAUGUCCUUCUCUUUCCAGAAACAUACCUCGGUGGCUAUCCGCGUACCUGCGACUUUGGAGCUGCCGUCGGCGCACGUGCGCCCGAAGGUCGCGAGCAAUACCUGGCAUAUUUCCACGAUGCUGUAGACCUUGGAGAUACGCCGGCUGGCGCGGGUCAGGACUGGGUGGAAAAAAAGCUGGAGCUGCCCCGCGGCAAGAAGUACCGAGGCGACGGCGUUAGAGAAGAGCUGGAGCGCAUUGCGCGCGAGACAGGCGUCUUUGUCGUCACUGGACUUGUCGAGCGAUGCGCAGGCACACUGUACUGUGCAGCCGUUUUUGUAUGUCCUAAAUUUGGUGUCUUGGGCAAAAGACGCAAGGUCAUGCCCACCGGCUCUGAACGCUUGGUAUGGGGUCAGGGCUCAGCAUCGACAUUGCGAGCCGUCACAACGGAGAUCAAGGGCGUAAAGCUAUGUAUGGGGUCCGCUAUCUGCUGGGAGAAUUACAUGCCUCUUCUGCGACAGAGCCUGUAUAGUCAGAACGUCAACCUCUGGUUCGCGCCUACAGCAGACGCAAGAGAUACCUGGGAGUCGCUCGUCCGCACAAUUGGCUGCGAGGGACGAUGCUUCGUCAUAAGCGCCAAUCAGUGCGUGAAGCGGAAGCAUCUACCAAGCUGGAUCAAGAAUGGGAAGAAGACCCAGCAGAGCGACAGCUCGCCUGCACGAUCCGAGCCUCCAAAGGCAUCAACAGGACGGAGAAAGAGCACAAUCGUCGUCACGGAAGAGCAGAACGAAAUCUGCCUACCUCUGCGCGACGGCAACACCGAACACCAAACGACCAACGGCGACGCUUCAGCCAUUGACUCUGGCUCUUCGCCCCUCCGCAACGAAGUCGAACAGCCUCUCAGUCCCAAGCAGACUGCCGCCAACGAGGUCGCGUCCUCUUCACCCGACGAUGAAGACUAUGUCUCAAGAGGCGGGUCGUGCAUCAUCUCGCCACUGGGCGAGGUCAUUGCUGGACCAAUCUGGGAGAAGGAAGAUGAGCUGCUGAUCACGGAAGUGGACUUUGAAGAUUGCGAGAGAGGCAGACUCGACUUUGAUUCUGCAGGAAGUUACUCAAGGUCAGACAGCUUCAAGCUGAGCGUCCAAGGACUGGAUCUUAAUCCGCCACCGCAAUAG